AUGGGCCGCGAUUCGUACCAUCGUCGGAAACGUAAAACUGGAAAAGAUGAGGAAUCGUCGGACGAGAGCAAGCAGCGUUCCUUAUCCCGAAGUCCGGAACGGAAAUCAAGACGUAUGGAUAAAGGAAAACAUAAGGAGAAAUCACCGGGUACCCCUUCAUCCAGUAAGAAUGAAGAAAGUAUAUCAAUUGAGGAGACGAAUAGAUUACGUGCAUCGCUUGGUCUAGCUCCACUUGAAGUAGGUAGUGGCCCAAAAGAAAGUGAAGUGGAAGGAAGUGAAGGUAUAGAGAAAGUUUACAAAGAGGAUGGGAUGGAAUUCGUGCAUAAAAAAGCCGAACAUUUGGGCGAAAAAAAGAGAGCUGACGAAAUGCGAGAGAAAUUAUCGGUAGCUCGUGAUAAACGGAAACUGUAUGAAAAAGUAUUGAAAGUGAAGCCAUUGGCGGAAUCCGAUUCCGAUGAAGAUGCAGCCUCUUGGGUUGCGAAAAAUCGUGAAUUAGAAGAAGAGCGGAAGAGAGCAGAAGAAAGGGCUAAAAUUCUAGAUGAUAUGGAUGCGGAUUUUGGUGUUAAUGCGUUGAUAAGUGAGGAGAACAAAGUGAAACAAAUCAAAAAGACUAAAAAACGAGGGCAGAAAUCAGAUCUCGCAGGUUUAAUGGUAGGCCAUGCCAAAGAGGAUUUUUUGGAAGGCAGCGAAACUGUCCUGGUGCUUGAAGAUAAAGGCGUUUUGGAUGAAGGUGAAGAAGUUCUUGUGAAUCCAAAUUUGGCUGAAAACCACAGGUAUCAGAAAAAUGCCGAAUUGAAGAGAAAGAAGGGUCGCUAUGAGCCUUAUGAAGAGGAGCUUGAUGAAUACGGAAUGCCCAAAGAAAAGGGGCUUCUGUCAAAAUACGAUGAACUGGAAGGCGAAGCAAAAAAGGCUUUCCGUUUGGAUGAGGGUGGCGAAGUUGAUAUUGAUAAAGAGCGAGAAGAAAUGGAAAUGCGUCGGAAGCUGUUCAUGGCAAAUAAGAAACUAGAAUCGUUAGAAACGCCAAAGUACACAGUGGCCAGCGAAUUUUAUACCGAGGAAGAAAUGCUUUUAUUUCGUCGACCAAAAUCAAAAAAGACAAAAAAUUGCGCAAGAGAAAGGAAAAGAUAUGAGUCUACAUUAGCUGACGAUGCGGAAAGAGCAGCCAAGGUAGCAAAUCGACAGCGCAUACAAACGGUUGGAAUUAAAGAGGAGGAAAAAAUCACAAAGGAUAAACCUAAUCUAGAAGAUGGGGAACUUGCAGAUGAUGACGAAAAAAAGGGCAGCUGGCGUUCUGCAGAAACGAAUCUGGUUGGUGGAGUGGAUUUAUCCAAUGUUGUGAUUGAGGAUGAUGCCGAAGAAGAACUAACGGUGAUGUUAGACCGUGCUCGUAAACUUAAACAACAUGAAGUUAAAAAGGAAAAUCCAGAAAGCGAUGCUGCAUUAAAGAUGCAUGAAUUGAUGAAGAUUCAUUCCGUGAAAGAGGAACCGAUGGAUGUAGAAGAAGGAACUGAUAAAGGCGGUGUUGUUAUUGACUCUACAAUGGAAUAUUGCCGUAAUUUAGGUGAGAUUCCUACGUACGGAUUGGCUGGUAACCGGCAGGAUGCGGUGGAUGUCAGGGAACUGAACGAACCAGAGGCUGUAAAAGUAGAAACGGAUGAAGAGCCAGGUGCUAGUCAUUCACCAGCUGAGGAGCAUCGUAGUCUUAGGAGAUCGGAACAAGAAAUGAAAGGUAAAUGGACAGAAGCAACUGCGUCGACAUCUGCUCAUGAUGACAAAAAAACUAGGAAGCGCAAUGGAGAAAGUGAUGAAAGCGAUGACGAAGCAUACAAUGUGUUGGGUGAAGAACGUGAUGUAACAAAGGGUGUUGCUGCAAUGUUAAAAUCUGCUGCCGAGAAAGGUUAUCUUGAUGCUGGUAAAGAACGGAAGGUGAAGGGUCCAUCAUUGAAACAUUUGGAAAGCAAACGUUUCUCGCAAAUUGAAACUAGUCGAUAUGAUAUUGAGGAGAAAUAUACGAAAAAACUGGAACGAAUGGGAACAACCGGCACGGGUCCUGUACGACCAUUCCCAGAAAAAGCGGAUUACAAACCAGAUAUACGGAUAACAUAUGUCGAUGAACGUGGAAAAGAAAUGGAAUCAAAGGAUGCAUUUCGUGUUCUUAGUUGGAAAUUCCAUGGCAAAGGGCCGGGAAAGAAGCAAAUUGAGAAGAGACAAGCGAAACAGGAAAAGAAGGAGCUCAUGAAGAAAAUGAAUUCCAUGGACACACCGUUGGGAACACUUAACAAACAAUUAAAGAAACAAGAAGCGAUGCAGACCCCAUAUAUUAUUCUGAGUGGUUCUGGAAGAGAUACAGGGUUUGUUCGUUUUAUAAGACAGGCGAGGCAUUAG